AUGGAGGCGGAUGCGGGAUUAGUGCAAGUCACUAACUUUCGCGGUGGUGGUCUCCCUGCCGACGAGGAUGUGGAGCGACAAGAAGAUGAAGCCGUAGACUUAAAAUUAAUAUUUAAAGAAUUUGUUGAACGAUUUCGUAUUCAUAAUGAUCAUUUAUAUAUGGAAAUGCUGCGAGCAAACCUAGCUGGUGGUUUAUUCUUUAUGGAAGUUGAAAUGUCACAUGUGCAACAGUUUAGUGGAACUCUCUUUAAUGCCCUUCACUCAACACCAACACGAACAUUACCAUUAUUUGAACACGCCUUAUGGGAAUUGGCAUUAGAGCGAAAACUAUUUCCAUCCUUUAGUAGACAAAGUACCGUACAAUUACAAUUAUACUGGGGAGUUCCACCGACACCAUUACGUCAAUUAGCUCAGGCUUCUGUGGCUCGUUUAGUUUGUAUAAGUGGUAUUGUUGUGAAGGCGAGUGCCUGUCAUGCUCGUUGUGUGAGAGCGGCUAUUCAAUGUACGAGUUGUUUAAGUAAAACGUAUAUUGGCGGUGGACGUAAUAUUGAUCUUCCACCGCAUUGUUUAGAAAAUGGUGGACGCCCCAAUGGAGGAACUAUGGGAGGAACUAUGGGAGGAGGAGGAGGAGGAGGUCAACGUAAGUGUAGACCGAAUCCGUAUACAUUAUUACCAAUGGAAUGUGAAUAUGAAGAUCAACAAAUUAUUAAAUUACAAGAGUUACCUGAGGAUGUGCCUACAGGUGAACUUCCACGACAUGUCACUGUAGUGGUGGAUCGUUAUCUUGUGGAUCGUGUGAGUCCUGGAUCUCGUGUGCAGGUGGCGGGUAUUGUAUCUGUACAAGAGAAACGUGGUGGAUUAGAAGGGAAUAAAAGAAAUGGUAAAGGAAUGCGUGGGGCUGCGGGAUUACGAGCACAGUAUCUUCGUUGUGUAGGUCUUAUGUAUAUUACCGCAAAGGAUGGGGGAACAUCUGUGCAGAGUGUCAAUCAGAACUUCUCCUCACGUGUACGUUCACAAUCAUUAACAUCAUGGCAGGCAGAGGAAGAGGCGGCAUUUAAACGGUUUGCAGAACAAGGACGUGUAUAUGAACGAUUUGCAAAGAGUAUAGAUCCUGCUAUUUUUGGAUUAGAAGAUCAGAAAAAGGCAAUUGUGUGUCUUCUCUUUGGUGGAACACGAAAAAAACAAGGAAGUAAUUAUUUACGUGGAGAUAUGAAUGUACUUUUUAUUGGUGAUCCAUCUACGGCGAAAUCUCAAUUACUAAAGUUUACAGAGAAAGUUGCCCCAAUUGGUAUUUAUACUUCUGGUAAAGGCAGUAGUGCAGCUGGUUUAACAGCAUCUGUUAUUUCUAAUGGAAAUGGAGAUUUUGUAUUGGAAGCGGGAUCUAUGGUAUUAGCAGAUGGUGGUGUUGUUUGUAUAGAUGAGUUUGAUAAGAUGCGAGAUCAAGAUCAAGUGGCUAUUCAUGAAGCGAUGGAACAACAAACCAUCUCUAUUGCCAAGGCAAAUCUUACAACAAUGUUAAAUAGUAGAACUAGUGUAUUAGCUGCGGCGAAUCCUACUCUUGGAAGUUAUGAUCCAUUACGUUCUAAUGAAGAACAAAUGGAUUUUCAAAGUUCUAUUUUAUCUCGUUUUGAUCUUAUUUUUAAAGUUAUCGAUCCACGUAAUCCUGAUAUUGAUAAUCGUUUAGCUCAACAUGUAGUAAAUCUACAUAAGGGUGGUAGUGGACGACAUACCAGAGGUUCCACUUCUUCCUCUUCUUCAUUAUUACCAUCAUCCUCUUCCUCAUCUUUUGCAGGAUCUUCUUUAAAUGGAAUUGUGGAACGUUCCUUCUUUACAAAAUAUGUUUCCUACGCCCGAUCCACACGGCAUCCACGUAUUUCAGAAGAUGCCAUGUCAGUAUUGUUAGACUUUUACGUACAAGUAAGGCGAGAGGCUCAUCAACAAACAUUAGAAGCUCUCUCUUCCUCUAAUACCGCAUCUGGGGCUAAACCACAAACUCCUAUUAUUCAAAUCACCGCACGUCAAUUAGAAAGUUUAGUUCGAAUUACAGAAUCCAUGGCUCGUAUGCGUUUGGAUGUUCUUGCCAGUCGUGCAGAUGCGGAAGAGGCCAUACGUCUCUUUAAAACGGCUACUGUAGACGCCAUUAAAAGUGGUGUCUCUGAUCAAACCAUGACGGCUUCGCAGAGUGAAUUAGUUCUUCGCAUUGAAGAGGCGCUUCGGCGGCGAGUGGCUUUGGGAGCGACAGUGGAACAGAAUAGACUCUUGUCGGAAAUGGCACGAAUGGGAUUUGAUGUGAAACUGGUGGAGCGUGCGGUGUAUGCAAUGGUGAAGCGAGAGGAAUUGGAAUGGCGUAAACAACGUACAUUGAUUCACCGAUUACGAUAA